UUAUUAAAAUUAGAUUUUAUGCUCAACAAACGAAUUAUCAUGGAAAAUAUUUGGUACAGGUUGUAGGUAAUAAUGUUGGCUAACUCCGGGACCAAAUAUUUUUCGCGGAAACUACGACAUUUUUGAAAUAUUUGAAAAUAUAUUGAAAUCUCCAUACAUUUUCAAUGACCGAAAACUCCUGGUUUGACUUUUCAUGCUCUUGCAUUUCUAUAUACAUGGGAUCCAUUUCCUGAUGAAUAUACAUGGAUUUUUGUUAGCUUAAGUGUCAGAACACGCGUUUGUUUGUUUUUAUUUUUCGACUGGCUUAGGAACGUUGGUUUUUUUAUUCUGAACACUAAGCUCCUCCGCAAAGCAGGUUUUUUUCUCGACGUGCCUGAAAGAUGCAAGCAACCGGAUUGACCGGCAGUGAAGGCCCGCAGGACGGCGAUUGGGAAAGAUGCCAUCCGGAAGCCUCUUCGCCGCUGCAAGUAGAGGCGGUGUACGUGUCGGAAUCAGAUUGGUACCUGCCGGACCCGCCGGAGCCAGAGUGCGGAACUAGCAGAGGAAAAACUCCCAUGGUUUUGGUGCAGAGGCUGCCAUCCUCUGUAGUCCGGAGGUACAUCAAUGAGAGCAACGCGCAUAUAUUCGCAUCUACAGCUUUUGGUUCAGCUCCUGCGUCAUAUGAUGAACAAACGAUACAAACAGCAAACGGAAAGAAGACGUUGAAGCGAUUACAAGAGGAGGCGACACAGCUGAAGUUACCUACAAAAGGAACAAAGGCCCAACUAGAAAAACGAUUAAAAAUAUACAGAGAAAAUGAUCUGAACCGAAGCCUUGUCGAAACUGCUAUGACUGUCUUGCCUCUGGAUGCUACAGAGUUUCGCGAUGUGCCACCUUACUGGGCCUUGCGUGACAUUUCGGUUGCUAAUAUCACCUGGCUGUCUGCAGUUGCCGUUUUCAACUACUUUCAAGAUAGAAAUGCUAUGAAUAGUUACAAAAACGGAAGAACGCUAUUAAAGGAUUGCUUCCUAAAACAUGUAUCGUAUGGACGGGUAAUGAUUUUAAUGAAGCUUUACUAA